GCCCGAACAAUAACUCUGUUUUGCUUAUUUUUAUUUUACGUUUUCAAGCCUAUUAUUAAAAAAUGUUCAAGCCGUUAAAAAAAUAAUCAGACGUAAACUUCAUUGCGACCCUUUUAUAUUCAUAAUAGUUCACUGUAUUGCACUUCCAUAUGCAACACGCUCAACACCAUAUCGACACCUUUCAUGUGCUCACUGUUUAUUUUAGAGCGCAAUUGUCUCAAGUAGAUACAACUAUUGGCAGCGCUCUUAUUUGACUAUUAUCAGUAUGUAAGUUUAUCAAAUACUCUCAUGUUGAACUACAUAAAUCCGGGAAAAUACAUAACGACAAUUUACCUAAAUAGGGUAUAAAUACAGACCGCCCAUGUUUAACGGACAUUCAAAAGUUAGUCUAACGUUAAACGACUGUCGCUUCGCACAAAAAACAAUCAAAAAUUUUAACUGAGUGUAUUUUUUACCAAAGCAAAGUAACAAAAAAAACUUAAAAUGGUUGGCACUUCGAACUGCAAACGCAUCUACAAACAGCACAAACCAAUGAUCUGCUAUAAUAAACCUCCCUCGGCACAAGUCAACCCAACAGAGUACGAAAGCAAACGGGAAGAUGCACUCACAGGUGCGAUCGUCGAGGCGCUGAUCGUGCCAAAGCGCACAGCACGCACCUGGACAAUGCAAGCUGGCGACUUAUGUCGCAUCACUGUCUGCGAGGGCUCACAAGUGGGUGACAUGAACUUCUGGAACUUAGAUAAUACCAAAGAACAUUUCUAUUCGGGCAAAACACGUCAACUGCACAGUACACAUCUGAAUGUGUACGAUCGCUUGUGGAGCAAUUUUCCCUAUUUACGGCCAAUGGCCACCUUUGUUCACAACACUCUAGCCGAUUAUGGCAUAGAUGAGGAUGGUGGUGCACUGCACGAUGUGGUUGGCACGCGCUGUGAUGAUUACACAUACAAGUUGAUCACCGGCAAAGAACGUGUGGGCAGUUGUCAUAGUUCGUUGACAAAAGCAGUGGUGGAGGAGCGUGGUUUGAAGGAGGAAGAUGUGCAUGAUGUGUGGAAUAUUUUCAUGUGCACCGGUUUCACAAGAGAUACUCAACAAUAUUUCUGUAAACCCAGUCCUGCACGCAAAGGCGAUUACAUCGAAUUUAUUGCCGAAAUAAAUCUUUUGCUUGCCUUAAGUGCCUGCCCACAAGGUGACGUUUCCGUAACGGUGGGCGAUGAAGUGCCCGACGAGGUCUGUCAUCCAUUAAAGGUGGAAGUUUUCCGCAAAAAAUGUAUUGAUAAGAAAAUAUAACGGAAUUUUUAAUAUUUGCAUAUUUUUUUUUACUUGAGCAACUUUAGUAAACAUCCCUAUACCUAUUGUUUUUCGCUAUAAAAAGCAAAGAAAAAAAUUUACAUAAGAAAUCAAAUUUCUGAUUAUGCGCCUAAUAGCUGCUGGCUUAUAUUAUUAUCUGAAGUAUUGUAAAUAAAUGAAA